UAACGACCCAUUCAAUUCUUCUGGAUGUGCUCGUACAGCUUACACGCAAUUACCAUCUCAUAUAAAGAACUGUCCAAAUAUUAAACUAGUUUGAAUGUCAAACAACCUCUCUCUCUCUCUCUCUCUCCCUCUCUCUCUCCCUCUCACCAUGGGAAGCAGGUCCUUGGCCUUGUCUAGGUGGGUUUUAAUUGUAGCCUUUCUUGUUGUUGGCUUAGCCGGUGAAACUUGUAACGCCAAGGAUGAAAGCACCAAGUGUACCUCUUCCUGUGGCAAUAUCCACAACAUAAGCUAUCCUUUCCGACUAAAACAUGAUCCAAAGCACUGCGGCAAUGUAAAGUAUACUCUGUUUUGUGAGAACGACAAUACACUUGUAGACGUACCUUCUUCUGGAAGAUACUAUGUCCAGGCAAUCAACUACCAUAACCAAACAAUCCGACUCGUAGACCCUGGCCUUCAGAACAACAAUUGCUCCUCCAUGCCUCGAAAUUUUCUUCCCGGGUUAAGAUUUCCAUAUUCUAUAGGCAAGACAAGGGGUUCACCGCUUUCAACGCCUAUAUUUUACAUCAUGUGUUCAAAUCCAGUGAAUUCUUCUCUGUACGUGGAAACUGCUCCAUGCUUGAACACAAGUGCUACUUCUUUGGUCCAACAAAAGACGUAUAGUUAUGUGAAGGCUGGGGCUAUGGUAGUGGGGGAUUUGAACAGGGGUUGCAGUGUAGAGUACGCUUCGGCGCUCUUGAACUACUCUAAGGACUACAUGCCCUCUUAUAAAUCCAUACACAGUGCACUCAUGUAUGGCUUCGAGCUUAGAGUAGAUUGGCCUUACGAAAAGUGCCCAGGCCAAUGGACUUCUAAUUCUAAAUGUUUUCCACGCACCAUCCUAGGUUUAAUUCGAUUUCGAUGGGAGGUUACUAAAGUUUUCUUUUCUCGUGGAGACGUGUACGUUGCUAGACAUCCAUGCUUUGCCUUCCAAUCCAUCCGGCGUAGAUGGGGGCCACUCAUUUGCUUGGGUUCAUUUUUUGCAGCAAGACUCAUUUUUGGGGUUCCAUGUAUGAUUGCGUUCGUAAUCUAUAAAUGGCGAAGACGACAUUUGUCAAUGUAUAGCGUCAUAGAAGAUUUUCUACAAAGUGAUAGCAACUUCUUGCCAAUAAGGUACUCUUACUCAGAAAUUAAGAAGAUGACUAAUAAAUUUAAGGAUAAACUGGGUGAAGGCGGCUAUGGCUCUGUAUUUAAAGGAAAGUUACGCAGCGGCCGUUUUGUAGCAAUUAAAGUUCUGGGCAAGCCCAAAGGUAAUGGGCAAGACUUCACAAGUGAGGUAGCUACCAUUGGAAGGAUUCAUCACGUUAAUGUGGUGCAACUUAUUGGUUAUUGUGUUCAGGGAUCAAAUCGUGCUCUAGUAUAUGAAUUCAUGCCAAAUAGCUCUCUCGAUAAAUAUAUUUAUUCCAAAGAAAAAAGCAUGCCCUUAAGUUGCAAGUACGAGAUUUCUCUCGGAGUGGCUCGAGGGAUUGAAUAUCUGCAUCAAGGUUGUGAAAUGCAAAUUCUACAUUUUGAUAUCAAGCCUCAUAAUAUUCUUCUUGAUGAGAACUUUAAUGCAAAGAUUUCUGACUUCGGGCUUGCAAAAUUAUAUUCCGUAGAUGAUAGCAUUGUCUCUUUGACAGCAGCAAGGGGAACAAUGGGCUAUAUUGCUCCUGAGUUGUUCUACAAAAAUAUUGGAGGUGUUUCCUACAAAGCUGAUGUCUAUAGUUUUGGAAUGUUGCUCAUGGAAAUGGCAAGUAGAAGGAAGAAUUUCAAUUCAAUGGUAGAGCGUUCAAGCCAAACUUACUUCCCGUUGUGGGCGUACGAUCAAUAUAACAAAGGAAAUGACUUGGAGAUGGGAGAUUUUAAUGAGGAGGAAAAGAAAAUCAUAAAAAAGAUGGUUAUAACUGCAUUGUGGUGUAUUCAAAUGAAGCCAAGUGAUCGGCCUUCCAUGAACAAAGUCAUAGAAAUGCUCGGAGGAGAUGUUGAAUCCCUAAAGAUGCCUAUCAGACCUUUUCUGUAUCCACAGGAGAUGCAUGCAAUUGAUGUUCAAGAAAAUUUGAACUCAAUAGGUUCCAACGGGGAGUUAACAUGGACUUUGUCAGCUAGGUGAUCAUCAAAUUGUUAAAAAAUGCAAUCAUU